AUGGCUGAAGAGGUCUUCGCCAACCCUCUAGAAGAGCCAGUAGAUGUUGAAGUGUCUCUGGACGACGACGAAGACACAUUCCGUACCGCUCGUACCAAUGUCACCGCUUCGGAAGCCACGUUGAAAGAAGAUGUGGCGGAUUCGUCGAGCAGCCACGUGGCAGCGACUGUGGACCCAAAAGAGGAGACCUAUUCGUCGCUGAUUGAGAAUCGAAAUCACCGCACCGAGGAGAUCAGCAUUGAUAUGGACUCGGCCGACUCGAUUCUGGUCGACAUUUCAGAUGCGCUUUCGGAGAGGGAUAAGAUCCCACCGGCACCUCCAAAGCCGAAUUUCGACUCAUCCCGAGAGAAACUUCAAAAACUUGGGGAAGGCGAAGCAACGAUGACUAAAGAGGAGUUUAUGAAGAUGAAACACGACUUGGAGCAAGACUAUCUGGCACAAUUCAAGAAGACUGUCGCCAUGCACGAGGUGUUUUUGCAGAGAAUCGCCGCUCAUCCGGUCUUCAAGAAUGAUCAGAAUUUCAGAAUCUUCUUGCAAUAUGAAAAUGAGCGUUUCACCCAAUCCGCUGAUGAGGUUCUGCUUUCUGGACAAAAGGAUGUUGACGAGUUUUUCGAGAAGGAGAAGAAUUAUAUGGUAGAAUACAAUAUACAUAUCAAGGAGGCGGCGGCGAAGGCUGAGAAGGUCACAGCGGCCAGAAAAAACGUUGUGGUGUCCUUCUCGAAAAUCGGCGACUGCUUCGAGCGUAUUGCACGUGGAGAGCCGAACAAGGGACUGGCCAGGACAUUUGCCCAAGGAGCCGAUGCGAUGGUUAAGCUGAAAAAGGUAGAAUCCCGCGCUGCUAACGACGAAGAACUGAAACUCGGUGACACUCUCCACUACUUUGCCAGAGAUACACAAGCGGCUAAGGAUCUUCUCUACCGCCGAAUGCGCUGCCUUGCCAACUACGAAGCUGCCAACAAGAAUCUGGAGAGAGCACGUGCCAAGAAUCGAGAGAUUCCAAAGGCUGAGGCGGAGCAGGCGGAGGCUUGUAAGAAGUUUGAAGAGAUCACUGGAUUGGCUAAAACCGAGCUGAAAGAGCUGAAAACGAGACGAGUGCAAGCGUUCAAAAAGAAUUUGAUCGAUUUGUCAGAAAUGGCUGAAGAGGUCUUCGCCAACCCUCUAGAAGAGCCAGUAGAUGUUGAAGUGUCUCUGGACGACGACGAAGACACAUUCCGUACCGCUCGUACCAAUGUCACCGCUUCGGAAGCCACGUUGAAAGAAGAUGUGGCGGAUUCGUCGAGCAGCCACGUGGCAGCGACUGUGGACCCAAAAGAGGAGACCUAUUCGUCGCUGAUUGAGAAUCGAAAUCACCGCACCGAGGAGAUCAGCAUUGAUAUGGACUCGGCCGACUCGAUUCUGGUCGACAUUUCAGAUGCGCUUUCGGAGAGGGAUAAGGUUAAAUACACGGUUCACACGCGCACACGUCUUCAGGAUAUGCGUCCAGAGACUGCUGUGGUUCGAGAGCACGAAGAGUUCCUCUGGCUUCAUGGAACGCUUGAGGAGAACGAAUCCUAUGCUGGAUUUAUUAUCCCACCGGCACCUCCAAAGCCGAAUUUCGACUCAUCCCGAGAGAAACUUCAAAAACUUGGGGAAGGCGAAGCAACGAUGACUAAAGAGGAGUUUAUGAAGAUGAAACACGACUUGGAGCAAGACUAUCUGGCACAAUUCAAGAAGACUGUCGCCAUGCACGAGGUGUUUUUGCAGAGAAUCGCCGCUCAUCCGGUCUUCAAGAAUGAUCAGAAUUUCAGAAUCUUCUUGCAAUAUGAAAAUGAGCUCUCGGUCCGCGGAAAGAACAAGAAAGAGCAGGUGGAAUCGUUCUGGAAGCGUUUCACCCAAUCCGCUGAUGAGGUUCUGCUUUCUGGACAAAAGGAUGUUGACGAGUUUUUCGAGAAGGAGAAGAAUUAUAUGGUAGAAUACAAUAUACAUAUCAAGGAGGCGGCGGCGAAGGCUGAGAAGGUCACAGCGGCCAGAAAAAACGUUGUGGUGUCCUUCUCGAAAAUCGGCGACUGCUUCGAGCGUAUUGCACGUGGAGAGCCGAACAAGGGACUGGCCAGGACAUUUGCCCAAGGAGCCGAUGCGAUGGUUAAGCUGAAAAAGGUAGAAUCCCGCGCUGCUAACGACGAAGAACUGAAACUCGGUGACACUCUCCACUACUUUGCCAGAGAUACACAAGCGGCUAAGGAUCUUCUCUACCGCCGAAUGCGCUGCCUUGCCAACUACGAAGCUGCCAACAAGAAUCUGGAGAGAGCACGUGCCAAGAAUCGAGAGAUUCCAAAGGCUGAGGCGGAGCAGGCGGAGGCUUGUAAGAAGUUUGAAGAGAUCACUGGAUUGGCUAAAACCGAGCUGAAAGAGCUGAAAACGAGACGAGUGCAAGCGUUCAAAAAGAAUUUGAUCGAUUUGUCAGAGUUGGAAAAGAAGCAUACGAAGGCAGAAAUAUCUCUUCUAGAGGACGUUGUCGCUCGUCUCAAACAGCUUUGA